UGGGUUAUAAAAUGACCUUUUAAAGGACUCUUUCACAAGGGUCCUCUCUUCUCUUCAGAGAAACCUCCAAUAAACUCCUCCUCGAACUCCGUCAAAGCCAAAAGAAACCCAUUCCUCUGGAUAAGGACUUGAGGAGAAUCCCUUGUUUUUAGUUCGAUAGAAUUGUUUGGUGGGUAUUUCUUGGUUUUCUUUUGGAUGGAUGAGAAUUUGCUUGAUGAUAUCAUAAGGAGGCUGGUGGAGGCCAAGAACGGGAGGACCACCAAGCAAGUUCAGUUGACGGAGGCUGAGAUAAAGCAGCUUUGUGUUGCCUCCAAAGAGAUCUUUCUUAGUCAGCCUAAUCUUCUCGAGCUUGAAGCUCCUAUUAAGAUUUGUGGAGAUGUUCAUGGUCAAUUUUCAGAUCUUCUACGCUUGUUUGAGUAUGGUGGAUACCCUCCUGCAGCAAACUAUUUAUUCCUAGGUGACUAUGUUGAUCGUGGAAAGCAGAGCAUUGAGACAAUUUGUCUUCUCCUGGCAUACAAAAUCAAAUACAAAGAGAAUUUUUUUCUCCUUAGAGGCAACCAUGAAUGUGCGUCAAUCAACCGUAUAUAUGGGUUCUAUGAUGAGUGCAAGAGAAGGUUUAGUGUGCGUGUCUGGAAGAUAUUUACAGACUGCUUUAAUUGCCUGCCUGUUGCUGCUCUAAUCGAUGAGAAGAUCCUUUGCAUGCAUGGUGGAUUAUCUCCUGAUUUGAAAAACUUGGAUCAGAUCCGGAGCAUUGCUCGCCCUGUUGAUGUGCCAGAUCAGGGCCUUCUCUGUGAUCUUCUAUGGGCUGAUCCUGAUAAAGAUGUUGAAGGCUGGGGAGAGAAUGAUAGAGGUGUUUCAUAUACAUUUGGGGCUGAUAAGGUUUCUGAAUUCCUUCAGAAACAUGACCUUGAUCUUGUUUGCCGAGCUCACCAGGUUGUAGAAGAUGGUUAUGAGUUCUUUGCAAAGCGGCAACUGGUGACCAUAUUUUCUGCACCAAACUACUGUGGUGAAUUUGACAAUGCAGGCGCCAUGAUGAGUGUGGACGAUACUUUAACAUGUUCUUUUCAGAUCCUUAAAUCUUCAGAGAAGAAAGGAAAGUUUGGAUUCACCAACAAUGCAUUAAGACCCGGAACUCCACCUCACAAGGGUGGGAAGGGCUGAUUAAGAUUGCGUGCGUUGGUGUUCAUAAAGUCCAAAGUGCAUAACUAAGGGGUCGAUCUGUUCUCUACCUCAUGUCUACUCGGUGUUCUGUUGAAUCAAACUAUAUGCCUGCCUUGGCUUGAUCAUGUUUUAGUGCAAAGGGAGAAAUUGAAGGUGAAGUUAUUGGAAUGGCGUAAGAGAAGAGCUGAGGCACCCAGUUAUCAGUUGGAACUCGGGAUUUUGUUUUUCAUAUGUAAAAUGGAAUUCUGACUUCAGUAUGUUGAAUUUCAGUUGGUGUAGGUACACAAUUUUCAUUUCAUAUCAUAACUUUCACCAUCUGUUGCUUUGGUUGGGGUAGUUGUUCCAUCCUAACGAAUACAAAAACCAAAAAAAGAAAAAAGAAUUGUGAUGAACAA